CUUACUCAGUGUCCUCUCACCUAUAUACUUAAAACGUACACCGGGGACUUGUUUGCACAUUCGACAUCAGCAGUCUCUUGGGGGGAAUGACUCAACAUGCUACUUAGUUUCAGAGUGGUACUGCUGAUCUCAGCUGCCCUGUCCUCAUGGCAAGCACGGGCCGACUAUCUCAGUGAGAAAAAUGAGGUGUACGAUUUAUUGACAGCAGCCGUACUGACGAGUGAGGAUAAGAAUCAGUAUGUUGAUGAUGGACUGGAUGGUUUUUUGGCAUUUGGCUUUCGUCCAGGAUCGGAAGUGAAACAGCCCUAUCGUCUCUGUCUGCCGGAAAAAUUACCCGGUGAAUUCACCAUCGUAGCGACCUUCAAGCCAAUAUCCCUGAGGACCAGCUAUCUAUUUGCCGUUCUCAAUCCUUUCGAUACAAUUGUCCAGCUGGGGCUUCGCAUCUCCGAUGGACCGAGCCCGAAUCAAAAUGUCUCGCUUAUCUACACCAACUCCGAUGAGCACUCGCACUCGGAGGAAAUAGCUCAAUUCACAGUGCCAAAGUUAGUUAGAAAAUGGUCAAAAAUUGUCAUCAGAGUGUCAAGCACUGACGUUGCACUUUAUCUGAACUGUCACGAAAUGGCUAGACAGCGUGUCACGAGAAUUCCCCAGGAGCUUGUAUUCGAUACUGCAAGUGCACUCUACAUUGCCCAAGCUGGACCACAUAUACAGGAGAAGUAUGACGAGAAAACGAAAAUCUCUCAAGCAUUGACAGAGGUUAGGUCUGUUAGGGACAAUAUUAGAUAA